AUUUCUUCCAUGAUAAUAAAUGGUAUUAUCCUGUGAAAACUACUGAUCAAGUGGCAACUUUUACAAUACACUGCUUGUCGUUUGGCCAAAACAAUGUUUUUAUUUCUAUAUCUCGCCUUUGGACCCUUUGUGCCUAUAACUAGCUGGAGAUAAUUAGGAAUAAACUAGGUGCAUGAUCAUAACGAAAGGAGCUUUUUGAGAACUGAGAUAGCUAAUACUUUGAACUCCACUACAUGGUUCCUCGGAGGUUCGGACACUGCACAUGCUGAUCGGAUUUAGAUGCACAAUAUGGCAACGGCAAAGCAACUGUCAGAUAGUCUGCAAUGUCCAAUCUGCCAGGACUUACUGAGCAAGCCGAAGCUUCUACCAUGCUCACAUUCCUUCUGCGAAAGUUGUUUAAACCAACUUCACUCUAUUAGAAAAUUCCCUGUGAAUAUAUCUUGCCCAGUGUGCCGUGAGGUUGCUCAUGUACCAGGGAAUAAGGUGUCCAAUUUUCCGACUAAUCAAAUUGCAAAGUCUCUUGCCGAAGAUUUCAAAAAGAAAUCAGAUGCGAAAGCAAGGCGUGAUAAAAGGCAUGGGGCAUUCAGUGGCCAAUCUUGCACCGUUUGCGAUGGUGAUGAUCGAGACAGGGCAACCUUCUACUGCCAGAACUGUUCAGAAUUCCUUUGCGAUCAUUGCUUGCAACAGCAUAAGAAAUAUAAGCGGAAUACCUUACAUGAAGUGGUAAAAGCAAGAGACAUUCAGACAGGGAUUGUAAAAAUGCAAUUCGCGUGUCCUGAACAUCCACAGGAAUUGCAGCAGUUCGUGUGUAUUACAUGUCUGGAUCGCAUCUGUUGUAGGUGUCUGGAAGGCAACCAUAGGGCUGACGAGCAUGAAAUUAUCGGGAUGACCGACUAUAAAGAAAGUCAACAACAGACAUUACAGUUGUUGCGGCAGAGAACAGAACAAAAAUCUGUGGAUAUUCAGAAUCGCUCAUCUUUUGUGAAGGAGAAGCUUCGAAUAGUAAAAAAUACUAUCAGGCAACGAAAGCAAGACAUUGAGAAAUCUUAUGAUGUUUCAGCAAAGAAAUUGCGUAUGAGGAAAAAGGAAUUGCUCGACGAAUGCAAUGCCUAUGGAAACACGUUAUGUCAUGAAUUGGAAGAUAUGAUCGAGUGCCAUAAUGACUUUCUAGAAAUUAUGUCUGACAAGACCACACUUGUUAACGAGGGAGUAAAGAGGCUACACAAACCAGACCUAUCAUUAUCCGAGCAUGGUGCACAAAUUGAUGGCCUUGAAACCAUUCUCCAAAGAGAAGCCGUCUCCUCACUUCUUCCUGAAUCAACAUACAUAGCUCACCGAGCGGAGUUACUGACCUUCCAUCGCGCUGCUACCACCAAUGCUCUUGAUCUUGGUAGGCUUCAUGUCAAGGAAUAUGAGCUUGAAGAAGAAACAGAAGGAACUGGUGGAGAAACGACCUGCUUGACCCCGACAGAGGAUACGAAAGUAAGAUUUGUUUCUAAGAAUGAACAAAUCAAGUGGCCUUCUGUUCAGAGUUUGUCGCUGCAGCCUCGAGCAAGUGACAGGGCUCAUGGGUACGGUAUCUUUGCAGAUUUCUUCAGACGACCGAAGCGUCGUGGCACUGAAAAGUCCGUGGCAGUUGAAUGAUCUCUCUUUAUUUAAGUGUUUAAAUUUUUCUUGAACAAUGAACAAAAUAUUUGAAAAAGUCACAAUACGGUUGUAAAUGAGUUGUAAAAUGGGGAAUGGGCCAGCAAGACAGACAGCCCACAAGACCUACAAUGUCAGUGGCAUUGAAGGAGAAUGGGGAGACCGACAGCCCACAAGACAUAAAAUAUAACCGACAUGAAUUGUUGUCAGAAGAUUCACGGGACUGAAUUUGUCUUCCUCUUUAGCUGUCUGCCUCAUAGGCUGUUGCA